AUGGGUUUUAUGGAGAAGCUCCGCGCCAAAUACGACAUCUACAAACUUCAACAACGCUACACCCGCCGAGAAAAGCGAACAACCUUUAUCUCCGAUGCAAGAUACGUCGAUGGCGAAUACGUCUAUAACACCUCCCCCAUGAGGACGGGCGGAUCAAACAGCAGCUUUGGCAGUGAUGGGUCUAAAUCUGGCAGCAAGCGGCAGUCCAGGAUAAUCUUCUUCUAGGAAACCAAGCAUGGAUGUCAACGGACCAGGAGACGUCAUGGAGCGCAACACAGGAGCCUGCGAUAAGCUCCGAUCAGGAAGAAGAUGGCAGUUGGAAGACGAAACGGGCGUGUUUCGAAUGGCCAAGGAGGCCGUUUCAUCGACGGCUUCGAAGCUGGUUUGCGAUGAGACGUUUCAGAUCUCGCCUUGA